CAGGCCCGCACCGCACCGCCUACAACUCCCACAAUGCCCCACGGCAACAACGCAUGCGCAGAUCACAAAAGACACAGCGCUGCCUACAACUCCCAGCGUGCCCCGCGGCGGCUCGGCACGCCGUACAGCUCACAGGGCACCGCCUACAUCCCCCAGCAGCCCCUGCGCGCGGCCAAGAUGGCGCUGCUGCGGCAGAUGUACAAGUCGCUGUUCCGCCGCACCUCCACCUUCGCGCUGUCGGUCGUGCUGGGCGCGGUGCUCUUCGAGCGCGCCUUCGACCAGGGCGCGGACGCGCUCUUCGAGCAUCUCAACGAAGGGAAACUGUGGAAACACAUCAAGCACAAGUAUGAGAACUGAGCAGCUCAGCAGCAGAAGCCAGCCUGGGGUGGCAACAGGCACUGCAGGGAUGGAUUCAGCCUCCUGAAACUGGGAAUGGAUUCCUGGUGGAACAACUCCGAGCCAGAUACUGUCAGCCACCAACUGAUGAUGUGAAGCCAGAUGGACUCAGGGAGUUCUGCUGCUGUACUCAACUUACUGUGUUCACAUUAAACUCCUGGUCCUGUCCUGUG